AUGCCAAACUUCGUGUCAAACUUGUUCAAAACACAUCUAUCGCAUUUUCGUGCAGCUAUCUUAGCCAACAACACCAAUCGAAUUUGCCGAAUUCUCGACGUCAAACGUCAUUAUAUCAACAAACAAAUGGACAGUGCGGGUAAUACCGCACUGCUAUUUGCCAUCAAAUAUGCGUCGCCACUCACUGUUGAACUUUUGCUUCAACAGGGUGCACAACCUGACCAGCCCAACUUUGCUACCCUCCAAACUCCACUGAGUAUACUCGCGUCAAGAACAUACGACGCUGAUCAAGCAUAUCAAGCAAAACUCGAUCUCGAGAUAGCUAUUCUUCUUCUCGAUCACGAUGCUUAUGUUGAAAAGACUUCACCGUUUAAAUGCCUUGAGGAAGAAGAAAAAGAAUGUAUUGUCUAUGAAACACCAUUGAUGACCGCGGUAAGAACACGUAAUCUGGCAAUGGCAACAUUGCUUGUCGAUCGAGAAGCCAAUGUCAACUAUGCCCAGAAACACUCACGAAAUCGACCAGUUCACUAUGCGAUCAUGAAUGGUGACGAAGCCAUGUUCGAUUUGCUCGAGAAUGCAGAUGCAUCAUGUCGCACAGUUAUCUCGGAUGGCGGUAAUACUCUUCUUCAUUGGUUCUGUAACACUCAAAAUAACGACAGACAAAUUAGUUUACUGAAAAAACUGCUCGAUGCUGGAUGUGACAUAAAUGCGACGAAUGAUGUUCAACAAACACCACUGAUGCUUGCUGCUAAACUGAAUAUGGUGAAUACUUGUGAAGUACUUUUAGAUGCAUUCGCUGAUACUGAGAAAGUUGACAAUCGAGGUCACCGUGCCAUUGAUUUCGCCAAGCUCGGAGGCGACUGUUUUCGAUUGUUACUUCAUGUUAAACAACAUCAAGAAAGAAAGUGCCGAAUUCAAUCGCGGACGGAACGAGUUUUAUGUAAGAAGCCAAUUGCUUCUCAUCGACGAAUCUCCAAUAAAUUUUCAAACGAUACUUACGAAACACCCUGUUCUCCAUCAGUCGUUUCUACCUGCGUGUAUGCGAAAAGCGAAACUGCAACAAUUCUUUCAUCUAAUGAUACCGAUCCAUGUAUAGAAAAUUCUACCAUGUGUAAACGUAUGUGGUCCAAAUUACUACACAGUAAACAAAGACUUAGUCGCACAAAAGAUUCUUCUUCGGGGAGAACGAUCGAUGAUCGUUUGCUAACCCUGCACGAUGCGUGUUAG